AGACUCCCCCAUGGUCCUGGACACGUCCCUGCACACCCUGGAACCCAUGUCCUACAUGGAGAUCCGGGACCUGGAGGCCAGCUCGGAGUACGCCCAGGACAUCUACACCCACCUCAGGCAGCAGGAGGAGAAGCUGACCCCGAAGCCGACUUACAUGAGCAAGCAGCCGGACAUCACGUCCUCGAUGCGCGCCAUCCUCGUCGACUGGCUGGUGGAGGUGGCCGAGGAGUAUCGCCUGCACCCGGAGACGCUCUUCCUCGGCGUCUCGUACGUGGACCGCUUCCUCUCCGCCAUGUCGGUAAUCCGCAACAAGCUUCAGCUCGUCGGCACAGCCGCCCUCUACAUCGCCGCGAAGUUUGAGGAGAUCUACCCGCCGGAGGUGUCGGAGUUUGUCUUCAUCACGGACGACACGUACACGAAGCAGCAGGUGCUCCGGAUGGAACAGCUGGUGCUCAAGGUGCUCUCGUUCGACAUGGCGGCCCCCACCAUCUACUACUUCCUGCUCCGCUUCGCGGAAGUCGGCAAGGCCCCGGACACCGUCAAGCACCUGGCUCAUUAUCUCUGCGAGCUGACGUUCCUGGAGGACGAGCCGUACCUUCAGUACCUGCCCAGCAUCGUUGCCGGUGCGUCCUUGUGCCUGGCAAACCACACACUAAACCGAUGCCCGUGGUCCUCGGACCUGCUCCUCUACUCUGGCUACAACGUGGAGGACUUCAAGGAGUGCAUCCACAGCCUCUACAGCAGCUUCUGCAAUGCUGGCACACAAGCACAGCAGGCCAUCCAGGAAAAGUUCAAGUCCUCCAAGUUUCACUGCGUCGCAAAUCUGAAGCCUGCGUGCACGCUGCCUUUCUAG